AUGCCUCCAUCCAAACGUAAAGCACGACGCAGGCCCGCCGAUGUCCUUGAGUCAUCUGAACUCGAUCUUCCAGAUUCUUCUCCGACACGCCCGUCUGCGAAGAAGCGCAGGGUAAACGGACCUCGCGCCCCUGCAAGAAGGAAAUCCCUUUCUCUCGAACCCGAGGAACCCCCUGCGCCAGACAGUGGCGAAGAGAGCGAAGAAAUCUCGCAAACCGACCUCAUCGACUCGGUCGUAUCCUACCUCCAGGUCUCCAAAGACCCCAUCGUGGCGAGUGUCGAGUAUUCCAACGACAAAGAACAGAAUAACAGUCCACAAAAGGUGUCCGCGUAUGCGAAGAUUGCCGGUCGUGAUUGGACUUACUUUGUGCGCGAACAGUCGGUCAACUUUGGAAGACCCCCAGAUGACCGCCCGGCCGUGAACGGUGCCUCGAGCCCCAUUGCCGACCUCAAAGACAUGUUACCAGUCCAUAUUGACCUAGGACCCAGCAAAAUUGUUUCUCGUCAUCAUGCCUCCAUUUACUAUGAUGCCGAUUUCCCGGUUGAUGUAGGUGGAUGGCAUGUCCGAGUCAAUGGGAGAAACGGGGUUCGAGUCAACAACAAUUUGGUGAAGAAGGGACUGAGGAAACAGAUCAGAUCAGGCGACAUCUUGGAAAUCGCCGGCACGCAAAUGAUGUUUGUCACUCCAGGGGACAAGGCGCAAAUCGAUCCGUACUUCAUCGAACGCGCCAAAGCCCUGGCGGCCGGCGAGGAAAUUGCUCCUUCCCUUGCACAUCGUGAGCCCGCGAAGCAGGAGAUUUCACGUGAGAAGACUCCCACUCUCCCUUCUCUUGCCCCCGCUCCUCCGGAUUUCAAACGCGAGGUGACGCCGCCCCCUCAGUUCGACGGUGGAAAAAAUCAGCGCGGCGUGUUCGACAGCAAAAUGCCCGUAUCACCCAUGUACGGCCGAGGUAUGAUGAUGGAAAGCACACAGGAGAUCGAUUACAGCCGGGAUAGUGCCAAAGAUCUCAAACCGCCUUUCAGUUACGCGACAAUGAUUGCCCAGGCAAUUUUCUCCAGCGAGGAGGAGAAGUUAACUUUGAGUAAUAUCUAUUCUUUCAUCGCCGAAAAGUAUGCCUUUUACCGCCAUUCCAACAGUGGCUGGCAGAACUCCAUUCGUCACAAUUUAUCCCUCAACAAGGCAUUUCAAAAGGUCCCUCGGCGUACUGACGAACCGGGCAAAGGCAUGAAAUGGCAGAUCGCCCCCGAAUUCCGUCAAGAGUAUUGGAAGAAGCAAGCACGUCGUGGCGGUGGCUCUGCGCCCUCCUCUCCCGCCUCUGGUAAAGAAGUCAAUCCCAAUUUCAGAGGUCCCAAUGGCCAGAAUCUGGGUUACGAUACGACGAUGGUCAGCCAGUUUUCAGCCAGGGAUUUACCCGACCGCCCGGGUCCACCCCCUCCCGGGAAGGUGAAUGUUCAGUUUCCUCCAUUCCACCCAGGGCAACCCUUCCCGCAAGGUCCCAAUCUGGCACCGCCUGUCUCGCAACCACCAGGGGCUAUUACACCACAGAGGCCGAGAACGGAUACGCAGAAUACGCUCCCCGACACAGAGCUCGAAGACUCGCCUCUACCGUACGGUCAUGGCCGGCCGACGCCUCGUCUAGACAACGGAGUACCCGUAUACACCCUCCCUUCUUCGGUUCCCCCUCCCCAUCAUUCACCAACUAAUCCCACCCUGUCGUCCUCCUACUUGGAUACCCCUUUUCAUCAAUCACAGCAUAGCAUGAUCACGCCGGCGCCGUUGCGACAAAAUCCGCGUUUGGCUCCUCCGAGUACUCUCGUAGCCCCAAGCAAGUUCAUGCCGGAAUCAUCACCGGCGGGCCCUGGUCUGUUCUGGAAGGGUCUUAUGGGCGCCACUCCAGGUCAUCCGCCUCCGGACAUGUCUCCAGUGAAGGAUGAGGAUUCCAGAGCAAAUGGUCUUGAUCGUCAAGUGAUGAGCUCUAGUCCGCCACCUAUGGAUGGCGGAAUGGGCAGUCCGAGUAAGCCUGCGAGAAGCAGUCAGGCGCCAUUCAACUCGAGUUCGAGCGCUAAGAAAGAAAAUACACCAGGAAUAUUCGAGCGAGAAAAUGGCGUGGCGGUCGUCGAGAACACUAGAUUCGGUCGGAGAUUGUCUGGCAGUGUCACUAAUGCAACAGCUGCAGGAAAUACUAACCUCCCAGCGCAGCAGUCCCCAAAUUUGGAACAGAGCUAUGGAGAAGAAGAAGAAGAUGAUGAUGAUCGAGACGGCGGAUUCGAUCUCGCCAAAGGAUUUGCACCGAUUGGUAGUGGAAGUUUUCAUUCACAGAGAAGCAGUGGUGUUGGUGUCACAAGAGCGGGUUCAUGA